GCCCCGAGGAGGGGCGCUGCGCGGCGCUGGGGUCGCCCGCCCGGGACGCUAUGGCUCCCUUGAGGAGCGGGGAGGGCGGCGGCCGAGGGUUCGGCGCGCCCCUGGCGCGGGCCGCAGUAUGAGACCGGCGAAGGGCGGCAGUAGCAGCCCCAGCAGCAGCCUCUGCCGGCGCCUCCCGCGGGCCCUCGCCCUCCGACCCCGCGCACCAUGCAGACGCCUGGCCUGCGGAGUCCGCCGCGCAGCCGCUGCCGCCUCCCCGGCCCCCGCUAACCCCCGCCAGAGGGGCCUCGGACGCCGCGGCCAGCCGCCCGCGCCGCGCCCCGGGGGAGGCGGCACCGAGGCGCUCAGCCCUCCGCUCUCCGGCCGCGCGCGUCCCCCUCCCGGCCGCCCCGGGCGCCCAGCGGCGAUGGGGGCGCUGCUGGCGCUCUGGCUCCUCCUGGGCUGGCUGCGCUGGAGCCCGGCGGGCGCCCAGCAGUCCGGAGAAUACUGCCACGGCUGGGUGGACGUGCAGGGCAACUACCACGAGGGCUUCCAGUGCCCGGAGGACUUCGACACCCCGGACGCCACCAUCUGCUGCGGCUCCUGCGCGCUGCGCUACUGCUGCGCCGCGGCCGACGCCAGGCUGGAGCAGGGAAGCUGCACCAACGACCGCGGCGAGCUGGAGCACCCGGGCAUCACCGCGCAGCCCGUCUACGUUCCCUUCCUCAUCGUUGGCUCUAUCUUCAUUGCCUUCAUCAUCCUGGGCUCUUUAGUGGCUAUUUAUUGCUGCACCUGCUUGAGACCCAAGGAGCCGUCACAGCAGCCAAUCCGCUUCUCACUCCGCAGCUAUCAGACGGAGACCCUGCCCAUGAUCUUGACUUCCACAAGCCUCAGGGCACCUUCCAGACAGUCCAGCACGGCCACCAGCUCCAGCUCCACUGGGGGCUCCAUCCGCAGAUUCUCCUUUGCCAGAGCAGAGCCGGGCUGCCUGGUGCCCUCCCCGCCUCCACCUUAUACCACGGGCCACCCAAUCCACCUGACCCAGCCAUCCGGUUUCCUGGUGUCACCCCAGUACUUCGCCUACCCACUCCAGCAGGAGCCCCCGCUGCCUGCGAAGAGCUGCCCGGACUUCAGUUCCAGCUGACGGGCCACAGCGAUAAAUCCAGCCCGUCGUACAACGGCAGACAGGUGGAGUGCUGUCGCCAUUGCUGCAAGUAUUUCUGGGGAAAUUUCCCUGGGAGCCGGCGAUGUCA